CCCCCCUCCCUCCCGUUCUGCCUCGUUCUCCUCCCCGGCUGCCUUCACUGCUCUCUUUUCUUCCGCCGCCCGCCCUUCCCUCUCCCACUUCGCCCCCCUGCCGCCAUGGGGAACUCCAUCUCCAUCAGCCAUGCCCGGGGGCCGGCUUUUGACAAGUCCGAGUUCCGGCGUCUCUUCCUUGCGGAGAAUGCCACCGUGCUCACGGACAACCGGCUCCUCCUCGCCAUUGUCUACCCCAAUUAUCGGCCCCUAUUGGAGUUGGCCGGCGAGCCUGGCCCCCCGGCCGAGGACCUGCAAUUGCUGGCCAAUGCCGGGCUCGCGGCCGAUGUGCCUCUUUACCGGCGCCACCUGCAGGCCCUGCAGGGGCUGCGCCAGCAGUCCAGCCACAUCAAUCAGCCGGUGGUGGUGAAGUUCUUCGCCAAGCAGCGCCUCGUGUCGCUGGCGGAAUAUGUGCCCACCAUCGCGCGCUUUCGCCAGACCAUGACCCUGCUGUGCUCGGUGUCGUCGGCGAACCCUGCCGCCGGGUCGCCCUGCCUGCUGCCCACCAGCCUGGUGGACUUGGACAGCCAGCUGACGCAGGCCCUGCUGGAGCAUGAGCUCGCCUUGCCGGUGAGUACGCCCCUGGACCUGGUGCUCCUUGCCUCGGGGGUGGGGCUUGCCCCCGCGGCAACGGCAGCCACUGCCAUGGGCUCGAGCGCUCCCCUGUCCUCUUCCUCUUCCUCCUCGACAGCCGGGGCUGGGGCUGUCUUUUCCGGGGGCACCCUCGGUCGAUCGUCCAAUGUGUCCAUGAGCGAUCUGCCGCCGGCGGCGCUCCUGGCCGGGUCCGGUGGCCCGUCCACCGCCGGGGCGCAGCGUCUAUCGGUGGGCAGCGCCCAGGCGGCGCACUCGGCCCUGUCUGUCGGGUCAGUUGAAUGGCCAGUCGGGCCGGAUGGAACGCCCCUGCCGAUGGCCGGCGACCUGACGGACCUCAACCCCGGGGAGCGCACCCGGUCGAUGACCUUGCUGCCGGUGCCGAGUGCCCCGGCCUCCGGGGCUGGGCUGACGGUCGGCGACUCACAGGACCCACUUGGCGGCCUGCUUCUCGGCUUCCGGCCCUUUACCCAUACGAACUUGCGCGAGCGCAUCGACUCGCAGCCUGUCUUGGAGCCCAUCGAGAAGCUUUAUAUCUCCUUCCAAAUGAUCUCCCUCCUGCGGGACAGCUCCACGCUCAAGGUCAUCCACGGUGACAUCAAGCUGCAGAAUAUCUUGCUCACUUCGUGGGAUCUGGUCAUCCUGUCGGAUUUCUCGGCAUCCUAUAAGCCCUUCUUCCUCCCGGAGGACAACCCCAGCGACUAUCUGUUCUUCUUCCAGAGCCAGGAACUGGACGUAUGCAACAUCGCCCCCGAGCGAUUCCUCUCUCGCAAGAUCUAUGACAGCCUGCUGCGUCCCCAUGCCAGCCCCUUCGAAACCAUCAGCGCCGUCAAUCCCGACCUGGCAGCCAACCCCCACGCGGUGGAUAUCUUCAGCAUUGGCUGCGUCAUCGCCCAGCUUUGGCUGGAUGGUCGGCCGCUCUUUACCCUGCGCCAGAUGCUGGAUUAUCGCAUGGGCGUCUAUUCGCCGGAUCACCUUCUUGCGGAGAUCCCUGAUGUUGGCAUUCGGAACUUGGUUCGGCAGAUGAUUUCCCUCAACAUCAGGGAGCGGUGCUCGGUGCUCAAUCACCAAUCAAACUUCAUGGUCAGCGGGCCAUUCCCCCAGUUCUUCGACACCUAUCACCUUCUUGCCAAGUCGUUUGUCGAUCACUCGGGAGGCCUUGGCAGCCCCCUCACCUCGGAGGACCGUCUGGCUCAGCUCCAUACCAUGUUCGAUGCCCUCGUCAAUCUGGUGGCCGACUCCGCCUCGCCCGGGCCCCGGGCCAUUUCGCCAUCGCAGUCGGCCGAACCUCUGAAUGUCGCACAGCCAAAUUCCCCCAAGGGCGCCUCUGGCCCCUGGAGGCCCCCGCAUCCCCGGGACUUCCCAUGUGUGCCGUCUUUGCAUUUGGAAUCCUUCCCGCUGGGAUGGUUCUCCCUCUCACAGCCCAUGCGCCUCCCCUCGGUCUCGACCAAGUCGGCCAACGGCUUUUUGCUGCUACUCUCGAUUGUCACGAGCACCGUGCAAACGCUCACCUCGGCUCGGUAUCGGGCCCUGGCCUUGGAGCUGCUGCUGGUCCUGUCGGUCGGCUUGCCGGACCACAUCCGCCUGACGCGCGUCCUGCCCUACAUCCUGGCUCUCGGCCAGCGGUCGCCCACGGUGACCGAACUCUCGCGCGUCUACUUCGCGGUCUUCCAGCUUUUCUCCAUGAUCAAGCUUCCGACCCCCUUCUCCUACCAGAUGCUGGUGUACUAUGCGCUGCCGCAGCUGCGUGACAUGCUCCCCCAGCCAGCCCACUGGUAUGACCUGCUGUAUUCCACCUGGUCACGCUGCCUGGGCCUGGCGGCGCGCUUCGCCGCGCGGUUCUUCUCCGCGGCACACAGCAUCCAGUCGACAAGCGCCGGGACCCGGUCGGCUGACUCUGGCAUGGAGAUCACCCCCCCCACGGCCAACAACCCCCUGGCCUUUGCCUUCCAUGCGGCCGGGGAGCUGGAUCAGCUCCGGGACUUCUUCAAUCAGCAGGUCAAGGAACUGAGCGACUCGCCGAAUUUGCUGGUCACCCGGGCGUUGCUGCUCUCCCUGCCGGACAUUGCCCUGUUGUAUCCCUUUGGCCCGGCGCUGGACUCGCAAUUGGCCAACAGCUCAGAUCACAACAGCCAAAUGUCCGACAAGCAGCUGCAAUUGCAAAUGUUCCUGCCCACCUUCUUCAGCAAGCAGCAGGAUCGCAGCUUCCGCGUGUCGCUUGUCGAAACGGCCCUCUACGUGGGAGCCAUGCUGGACGCUCGUCGAGGCCACUACCUGGAGACCAACCUCCUGCACAUCAUCUUCGCGCAGUUUCACCUGACCAGCUCCUUCCCGCUGUCCAUCACCGCGGCGGUGGCGGCGGCGGCGGCGACCGCAGCCGCGGCCGACAAUGGCCCGGAGGGUGGCAUCGGCCACGGGGAGGAUCAAUCCCCGGGCUCGGCCAUGGCCCGGCAGCAGCAUCCCUCGACCGGGGCCAUGCCCCCGCUGGAGCUGUACUUUGCCUCGAGCUUCCUGGAUGAUUCGCAGCUCUCGGCGGCCGCCUGUUCGGCUCUCGGCCGGGCUCUGGAGCUGGGGUUCCUGUCGAGCCCGAUGCUCAUUCAAUCGAUCGUGGAGCAUGUGCUGCCCUUCUUGGCCCUGCGGCCGGUGGCUCUGCGCCAGGCCGCGGUGUAUUGCGUGGCGCGAGCCUUCCUGGCCUUGCCGGAUCCGGUGUCGCGCAUCUACCUGCUGGCUCCGUUGCUGGUGCCCUUCGUUCGGUAUCCAGUUCUUGGGCUCGUGGCGCCCGAGGGCCCGGAGGCACGGGACCUCCAAGCCGGGGCAUCGUCCAAUCCGCACUUGCGCCGACGCUACCUCCACCUGCUGGAGCGUCGGCUUCUGGAGGCCCUUCUGCCGCCGCUGACUGCGCGGCAGCUGAAUGACCUGCUCAACCGCACCUGCAUCAUGAUUGCCGGGGCCGGCAGUGGGGUUGGCGGCACGAGGCCCCUAUCGAUGGCCGCGGCGCCCGGGACCAGCGGCCCGAUGGGCGGCUCGGCCGGCGGCCCGACCGAUCCCACGGAGCAACUGCGGCAAGCGCUGGCCGCCGACGCGACCGCCGAUCGGCGCCUGCUGUCCUUCGUCAAGUACAUGCACCAGCUGGCCCGGUCGCUGCCGAAGUUGCCGGAUCUGCCACGUGCCCCUGCUGGCCUGGCCCCCUCGGCGGCCGGGACCAAUGUCCUGGUGUCUCGGCCCUCUGGCGGCAUGGGCGCCACCAGGGACCCGGGCACCGAGGCCCCCCCUCCGGGCACCGGGGUGUAUACGGUCAACUCGAGCAACAUCUAUGCCGGGGAAAGUCCCCAAGCCUUGGCCGAUAUGAAUCCCAGUCGUGCAUUGAACCUGGCGCCGGCCGGGCGCCCGGGGCCUGGCGAUGGGGAUACUUUGUAUGCGGAGUUUGACCUGUGGCCGGCACUCCCAAGUGACAGCGGCGCCGAGGGUGGCGCUGGAACCUAUGGGAUGGGCCCGCCUCCAGGGCUGCCCCCGGCGGCGGAUGCCCGCCGCGCGGCCGACGCCGAGGCGGCCCUCGCUGCCCCCUCUGGGGUGCUGUUCAUGCUUCCGGCUCCCGAUGGGCUGACGGUGACCCGGCUGCUGCCGCAGCUGCCAACCAUGCCGGUCAUGCUGCCGGCCAGCAGUGUCGCCGGUCCGGGCAAGCGCCAGUCGGCCAAUGGAUAUGCCCGGUCAGGGUCUACGGCGGCGGCGGCGGCGGCGGCGGCGGCGGCUGCGGCGGCGGCGGCCGCCGCCGAGCCUCCCGGGCUGGUGCUUGGGUCGCCGAUUUCCGAGGUGUCCGCGGCAGCCGCGGCCACCGGGCUUUUGCCCCCGCAGCUGACUCGGCCGGCCGGUGCGGGGCCUCAAUUCCCGCUGGGAAUGCCCGACGCAGUGACCACCCUCCCCGGACGCCACCACCAUGGGACGAUCCUCCACCAUCGGAGUGCCAUCACCCACCUGGUCACCAGCCCGGACCAGGGGUUCCUCCUGUCGGCCGAUUCCUCCGGGCGCCUUUGCCUCUGGCGGGUGGCCGGUUUGCAUGCCAGCAGCUGGCCCGUGCUGGUCAGUGAGUGCGACUUGCGUGCCCGGCCGACGGCCGUCGUCUUUGUCCCGGUGGCCGCGUGCCCCGGGUGGAGCGCGGCCGGCCAGGCGGCGAUUGGGCACUGCCUUGUGGCCGUGGCCACCGGCGACGGGCUGGUCCGGUUGCUGGACUUCGGCCAGCCGCUCGAGGUGGUUUCGAUCAGCAACGGGACUCCUGUCAUGGCGGGAUCCGGGUCGGCGCUCCCCACGGCCGCGGUGAUGACGCUGGCGGUCUGGCGCGCGCCCCUGCUGCCCGACAGUAUGGGGCUGCCCUUCCCCCGGGCCGGGGGGACCACCCCUUCCAAGGAUGGCCCCACCCCGGAUCCGGUCACCGCACUGGCCGUGGUCCUCACGAGUCGGGGCUCCGGGCAGCCGCGCUACCUCCUGGUGCAGGGGACCUUCGCCGGGCGCAUGUACGCGCUGGAUCUGGUGACCGGGCGCCGGGCCUGGGAGACACGCAUUGCCGGGCCCGUGGCCCCGAUUCAGGCCCUGGUGGCCGAGCCGGCGGUCAGCGUUGCCCCCUUCCUCGGUCAGGAAACCGCCUCAUCGGUCAUCGGCCAGUGCCUCGGGGCCACCAGGGCCGGGAUGGCCGGGAUGGCCGGCGGCCUGGGUGAACAUCCCGGAGCCGGCCAUCACUCGGCGUCGGGCUCCUCCGGGGGACCGGGGCCCGGCGGUCCUGGUGGCAUGGGCUCCUCCGGGCCGGGUGGCUCCGGUGUCGGGCCGGCCGGUCCCGCCGGCGGCUCGGGAGCCUCCUCGCACGGUGGCCCUGGGGCCUCGUCCUCGGUCAGCGGGUCCUCCAGCUCCUCCGGGUCGGGCCUGGUGGGCGUGUCGCCAUCCAGUGGUGGCACCGGUGGCGGGUCCACCUCAGCCGGGCUGGCCGGGACCGGGGACUCGCGCGGCGGCUCGGCCAGCGGAGGCAUCGGCCCCGGUGGGUCUGGGGGAUCGCACUCCUCCACCGGGGCCACGCCCAACCCGCUUGGUGGCCCGGGGCUGUCGUCCGGAUCCGGUGUCGGGUCCGCCGGCGGCGGCCUCGGCGGGUCUGCUGGCCUCGGCGGUGCCGAGGCUGAUGCCUUCCUGAAUGUCGGGUGCACCGUGCCCGCCGUGAGCUCAUGGCUGGUGGCGGUGACGCGCACGGCGCGGGUGUCUCUUUUCGACAUUCGAAAUGGGGUGCUGCCAAUUGAGCUGACCGAUGGCCGGCGCUCGGCCCCGGUGCCGACACUGACUCGAGCGCAUUCGGCCGUGGCGCAUCCGCUGCUGGCGGCCACCAUCCUGGUGGCUGGCGACCAGCCGGAGGUGGUGCAGUUGGAUUUGGAGCGCCUGGCCCGGCGCCAAGCCGAGCCGCAGACGUGCGUCUACUCGCUGGCCGGGCGCUCGGAUCGCAAUGCCUCGCGAGCGGCGGCCCCGGGGAAGUCCUUCGGCCAGGCCCCGACCGGCGAGGUCCGGGCUCUGGCGGCCGCCGGGCCGGGGAUCGUGCGCCUGCGUGGGCGCAUGCUCAGUCCAACCUUCGACCAGGCCAUUGGCCAGCUGCUUAGCCAAGGCCCCGGGGGGCCUGGGCCUGGUAGCACUCUGUCCCCCAGCCGGUCGGGCUUCCUGUGUGUCAAUUGCCUGGGUGGGUUGUCCCUGCCGGCGCCCCUGUGCCAGAGCCCUGGUGCGCUGGCGGCGGCGGCGGCGGCGGCGGCGGCCGGCACCGCCGGGGCCGUGCUGCCCAGCACGGACUCGCCCUCCGGCGAUGCUGCCGACCCGGCGGCUCAGCAGCUGGACCUGCCGCGGACAUACUGCGCCAACUUUGCCCAAUGCGUUGGGGCCCUGGCGUACAUGGUUGCCGCCGGGUCCUCGCGUCACAUUUGGCAAUUCCAGCUGGGUGCUCCCUUCAACACGGCCCUUGUUUCGUCCUCGGUGGGGGCUUUCUCCCGGAUGACGGAGCUCGUGAACUUCGCCCCGGUGGGCCCGGUUCCUCCGGGAUCGGCCAGCCUCUCGAUUGAAGAGCAGCUGUCGGCGGCCUUCGAGCUGUCACACGACCUGCCGGGGAUGAUGGGGUCCCGCCCGGCGCGUCUGCGUCUGGGACCGGCGGGCUCGCCGGUUUUGCGGAUCGACACUCAGCCGACCACCGACCUGACGGCCGGCUUUGGGGACGUCUUCAGCCAGGUGCCGGAGCGCGAUGCCCGGCGUCCGGCCGGGGCGCCGCCGGACUCGCUGGCUGCGCUGGCCCUGCGCACCAGCCACCAUGACACCAUCACGGCUUUGUGCAUUGUUGAGCGCGCUCCGGGAGCCGGGGCCGGCAUGCCGGCGGCCAUGGGCUCCGGCCCGGGGCUGGGCUCGGUCUCGGGGUCCGGCAUGGCCGGCGGCCCUGCCCCCGGCGACAUGGGCCCCGGCCCCGGUGGUAGUCCUGGCGGCGUGCUGGUGCCGGGGGGCAGUGGGUCGGGCAUGGGGGUCACUCCGCCGCGGCCGGGCCAACAGCAUGCCGGCCCCCAUCCGGCGGCUCCGUAUGGGCUGCUGGGCCUCGGGGGAGGCCUGCAUACCAUGCGGACGUACUACCUCCGUGGGGCAGACUCUUCGGCCGGGAUGGGCCGUACAGCGGCCUGGCCCGGGGCCGGGAGGAUGCCGUCAACCGGGUCCAGCGGCACUGGCAGUCGGGCCAAGAGCGGUAGCAGUAGCAGCAUCGAAUCGCCGCUGUCAAGCGCCGGGGCUCGGGCCUCAGGCCCAGGAAGCUCGCUUGCUCCGGAUGCCGGGGCCACCGAGACCAAUCUCCUGUCCCUGAUGUACGACCCGCUGACCCUGCAGCCGCUCUCGCUGCACACGCCCUUCAGCCAGUUUGUCGUGUCGGGCAGCCGCGACGGAACCAUCUACAUCUGGAUCUAG